UGACGCCAUCGAUCGUCGAAGGAACAAGUCCGGGCAGCUUUUAAUACCACCUACGUAUCCUCUACAUAAGCUCCCAAUGGAGUCUGUGCAUCGGAACGUGUGGCCACUCCAUCCCUGAUUCCAAUCAGAAACGUGGAGGCCCCCCCCCCGCAGACGUAAACAUCAUCCAACUGUUGCAUUUUUGGAGGGUCCUCUCGCUGUGUGUGGGAAUUUAAAACGAGAUAUUUCGUUCUAUUCUCGUGCCCCUUUUCUUAGAGGAAAAAACGUAUUCAUCACACAAAAGAAGCUUGAGCUAAUCUAAGUCGACAGCUGUUACGGUAGAUAGAGCUGUCAGAAAAAGAGAGAUGGAAACUUGUACGAUGUUGGGCACCCUACUUUCAUUUGUCAUGUAAUUAUUAUUAGAAGCCUUUUGUCCGUUUUGACGAAGAGGCAUCAAGGAAAAGAAUUAUCAAAGUGAGAUGGGAGACUUCGGCGCACAAGUUUCCUUGCACAAGUGGCGCACCACCAGGAAACACUCCCACACGUUGACGUGCACGUCGGUUGUGUAGAAGAACAACCGAAGAUGCGAGUGCAGUGUACCAGUAUAGAGAAGUCCAAUCGUCAACGGCCAGCAGUUCGCGUUUGGCAUCCGUUCCAGCAAGUAUCGCACCUAGAGAACACGACGACGGAAUAGUUUCUCGCUCGUCGCCGCCGGGCAAAAGCUUUUUGCCCGGCUGCUCAUUUCGGAUAAUCAACAAAAGCCAAUCCAGUAGCCAAACACAAGAAGAGAAGAAAAACAGAAACAAGCCGAAGGUGAAAAUGGCUUCGGUUAUGACGGUGGAUAGUGCCGUUGCUCUGAGGGUGGAUAGUGCAAACAGGCGGCGACCGGGAACGACGUCAACGGGUGGCGGCGGCAGGGCGAAAUUGUUGCCGACGAUAACCGGCGUCGGCGCACCAACUGAUCAACAGGGAGAAAAUGCAGUGCCGCCGCUGUCGUGUACGACGGCCGUUGUUUCUCAUCACUCGUCGCAGGGCUUGCAUUUCUUGACACGCUGCGGAACCGUUUGGGCCGGCUGUCUACGUGAUCAAGUUAGACAGUGCUGGACAAUGUUCACUAAACGGAAAAAAGAGGAAGAUUUGGAUGACGUCAUGUUCGGCAAAACGACUCGUCAUCGACCAGAGGAACUGAAGUCACUGGAGAGGUCGACGAAAUUCACCCGGAAGGAAAUCCAGCUGAUUUAUCGCGGAUUUAAACAGGAGUGCCCCAACGGAGUCGUCGACGAGCAGUCCUUCAAGGAGAUCUUCGUCCAAUUCUUCCCGCAAGGAGAUGCCAGCCAAUACGCUCAUUAUGUCUUCAAGACGUUUAAGAACGGCACUACUGGCACCAUCAAAUUCGAGGAUUUCUUGCAGUCGCUGUCGCAAGCGUCGCGCGGAACCAUCCAGGAGAAACUGCGCUGGAUUUUCGGCCUCUACGAUCUCAACGGCGACGGAUACAUCACCAAAGCUGAAAUGACUAGCGUGGCUGUGGCUAUUUUCGACAUGUUGGGCAGACACGCCGCGCCGUCCGUCGACGAUCAAACAGCGUCCAAGCACGUCGAUCAGAUCUUCCACAAAAUCGAUGCGAACCAUGACGGCCUUAUCACUUUUGAGGAACUGAGUCAGUGGUGCACGCGUGAGGAACGCUUCGUCAAGUCGUUGGGUAUGCUCGACACGGUACUUUGAAGAACACGGUUUUUUUUUGUUUUUUUUUAAAGUCGGAUAUGCCUCGCGUCAUCUAAACACAAUUUUUCACAUUGAUAUUGUAAUAUCUUUUCUUAAAAGAGAAUUAAUCAUUCAAAAGUGAAGAAUUAUUCGAAUUGUGUCACAUGGUUUUCAAUAGCAACGGAGGGCUACCGCGUGCGUGUGCGAAAUGAUUUUUUUUUUUUAAAUUAUUAUUUUUCCAUUAUUUGGAUUGAGCAAUAAAUAGUUAAUACUUUUACGUGUAAUUUUAGAUAUGGACAUUUGAUGAAUGCGCAUUCCCUCUAUUCAUUUAGCUGGAAUUUGAAUUCUCUUUUCCCGUCCCUCAAGUGUGAACAGUUUUAUUUCAAUUUCAUUACAAACUUCUUUUUUUAAAUUUUCCCAUGUUAUCCUUCCUGAAAUAUUUACAAAAAAAAAAAAAAAUGUGUGAAUAGUGUGAAUUGUUGUGAUUUGAAUCCUAUUGACAAACCCGGGUGCUGCCAGCCUCUCUGAUUUUCCUUUGAUCAAAUCAAUUGAAACUGAGUUUCAUCUUUUUCCUUUCAUCAUAUCUUUCAGUAUUUGUGUGAAAAAUAUAUCUUUACAUCUCU